AUAAUGGAGUUCGUGGCCAUCUCGAGUAAAGGUGUUGAGAUCUACUCUACUGCCAGUAGUGACCCGUCUAAGCCCAAAUACGAACUCCCGACAGGCGCUAGGAGCCCUGAUGGCUUCACUUACAGUCCGGACGGCUUAAUGUGCGGUGUUCUCACCCAAAAAGGUGACGUUGACGUUUACGACUGUACCAAGGGGUACACCAAGAUCCUAACCUGCCAACAACAGGAGAGUUUCAUUCGUAACUUCUACUUCUCUCCUAAAGGGACCUUCCUAGUAACCUACGAAAGGUACUCCACUGAGACUCAGAAGGAGAAUGUCCAUCUAUGGCAUCUCGAGACGGGAGAGAUCAUAUGUAGUCUCAUAUUGAAACAGUCCAAUCAACGUAUGUGGCCUUGCUUCAAGUGGACUAAGGAUGAACGUGUAUGCGUUCGUAUGGUGACCAACGAGCUCCAUUUCUUGUCUGGUCGGAGGCCUCAACUCACCAAAGAGGCUACCCUGUUCAAACUACGACUACCAAAUGUUGCCUCAUUCGAGCUCUCUCCAGACUGCAAGACAGUGGCAUGCUUUGUUGGCGAGAAUAAGGGCCAGCCUGGCAUGGUCAAAGUCUACAGUAUUACGACUGCUGAUACUAAGUUGCUGGGUCAGAAAUCCUUCUUUAACUGUCAGACUUGCAAUAUGGAGUGGAACAGGGAAGGUUCGUCUCUGCUCAUGACGGUGCAUCAGGAGUCUGGCAGGGGGCUCAGUCAGAACUACUAUGGAAGCACUGGGUUGUAUUUCCUUCACCCCUCCCCUAUGGGUCAAGCUGGUCAGAACGAUCUCAGUCUCUGCACCAACAACGAACCAGCACAAGCGUCGGCGUGGUCUCCCAAUACUAAUGAGUUCAUUGCUCUAGUUGGGGACAUGCCCCCCACGCUUUCACUCAAUGAGGGUGUCAGAGGUGUAUCGAAGGUUACCUUUGGUCGUAGUCGGCGUAAUACUCUGCUGUGGUCGCCUAACGGGCGGUACUUCCUCUCGGGCGGCUUUGGCAAUCUCCCUGGCGAGGCUGAUGUGUGGGAUAAGGAGAAGCAUAUCAAGCUGGCCAUUAUGAGCCUUCCCUGCACGGUUUUAUCGGAUUGGGGGGCUGAUGGACGUACUCUUCUAACGGCAUCAAUUGCUCCCAGAAUGCGGGUUGAUAACCACAUCAAGCUUCACAACUAUGAUGGAAAGCAAACGUUGGAAAUUCCCUUUGAUGAGCUCUACUAUGCUGGCUGGAGGCCUAUGGACUCGUCUCUGUUCGAGGAUCUAGCGCCCUCACCACGUGUUGUGAAGGCGGCCACGACGGCAGCAAAGAAGGCCGCUAAGGAACCUGUUGCCAAGGCUAAGGCAGCUUAUAAGCCUCCAAGUGGCGGAGCAUUCGCUGCAGCUCUGCGGGCUGAGCGUCACGCGAUCGAGAAGACUGAUGUUAAGGUAGAGUAUCGUCCUCCAGCGAGGGCCGUUGGAGCCCCGGCUAAUUUGCAAGAGUUGAUGAACAAUCUGCCACAGAGGUUGCCUCCUGGAAUGACAGUACCGUUGCCGCAGAUGAACGCGAAGGGAGGCGCUAACUCGUCCACGGCUGCUCGUAAUGCCCGUAAGCGUGCUAAUCGUGCUGCUGCUAAGGCGGCGGCGAAGGAAAAGGAAGAGGAGGAGCAACGUGAGAAGGAAGAAGAGGAGGAGAAGAAGGCGAAAGCUGUUGAAGAGGAGGCUCAUUCGGAUGAGGGAAAACAACAUACAACCGAUGAUAAGCGGCUCCGUAACUUGCGUAAGAAGCUGAAGGAGGUGACGGCAUUGAAGGCUCUUCCUUCUGAUUCCCUGAAUGAGGCACAGAUGAGUAAGAUUGCCAAUGAGGGGAACCUCAUGGAAGAGAUCAAGGAGAUUGAGGCACGUCUUGGAUGACGAUGAGACCCGCGAUAGAGUUCAUAAGGCAGUUCUCAGUAUCCUCUGUUA